CUGCAUUUUCCCUUCGGCUAUCUUUUGUAUUUUUAUUUACGGGCAUGUGGUAUUCCGCGCAGUUCGGCCCCGCUACCGGUACACAAUCACUCCAUACGCCGAGCAUGUUCGAACAGUCAACCAUGGAAGACCAUUGUCGCCAUGGAAUCUUCUCCUUCCGUCGAUCACGCCUGUUGCCUUGGGGGCGCUGGAAAGCUGAAGCCGUAUAUAAUAGGAAGUUCUUGAUUACACAAAAUGUUUUGCUUUUCCACAUGGAUACUGAUCUGCUGCCAUCUCCAUAAAUGGCUAAAGACGCUUGCAGCAUGGACAGCCCGACGGAACAACCUUCCAUUCCGGACAAGGAGCUAGUCAACGCCCCCAUAGCGCGAAAGCGUCGCCGGCGUCCUUCCGCGCUACCGUUCAUAGGGAUUCUCCCGGUCGUUUCCCCCCCACUGAUCCUCCGAAUUGACCCCGAGUAUAAGCGCAUACUAAACCGGCACCAAAUCGAUGGCAUCAAGCACCUCUGGCAGCGGCUGGUCCUUGGCUGGGCAGGUGCACUUCUUGCGCACUCCAUGGGACUUGACAAGACACUGCAGGUUAUCGUAUUCCUGCACUGUUUACGUCGGUCUACGCUCGACGAUCCACGUCUGAUGAAGCGAUUCGCAUCGAACCGCGUGCUCAUCCUCAUGCCAGGAGGUCUGGUGAACAACUGGCUCGCGAAAUUCCAAAAGUGGCGCGAGAGGUUUUCCGAAUGGCCGCAGCAGCUGAAGUUCUUUGACGAAGUUUAUGUUGACUCUGAACGCCAUCGCCGACAAGGUGUGUGCAAUAAAUGGCAUCAGAACGGCGGGAUCUUGCUAUUGGGCUAUCGCGCUUUCUGUGCGAAGGAGAUGGAGAGGAUUCUAUUGAAGGGCCCUAGUGUCGUCGUGGCGGAUGAGGCCCAUACCUUCCGAAACAAAGAGGGGAAUCUGGCACGGGCGAUUGCGUCGAUAAAAACACUCUACCGGAUUGCCUUGUCGGGUACGCCACUCCUGAAUACACUCGAGGAGUACCUAGCGAUCUUGAAAUGGCUGUCAAUAGAGGACCGCCACAAAAUCGAGCUGAUAAACAGCAAGACAAUACCCGACUUCGACGAGCGGAUGCUGAAAGUCGCAUGGAAGAAUGGGUUCUACUGGCGGAAGUACUCUGGGAUUAGAGAGCUGGAUGAGUUUUCUGAUCAGUACCAGCGCGAUGCAAAUCUUCCGGACAAUGACGACAUGUGUCUCGAACCCAUAUACGCCGGGAAAUCAGAUCUCCUCUCUCCCGCGUACAGCAACAAAAUGCUUGUCCUCCUCUCGAUCAAACACAGCAAAGACGUCAACGACCAUGUCCUCGUCUUCAGCAACUACAUUACCACACUAGACUACAUCCAAUACGUCCUCUACCGGCGUACAAACUUCUCAUUCUUGCGCAUUGACGGCUCGACCAAGGAGCAGACGCCGACGGAAAGGAGCCAUCGUCUCGGCCGGAAAAAGGACGUGUUUGUCUACUACAUCACCACAGACGGAAGCAUUGGGACGUUCAUUGCUCACACCCAAAGCAAAAAGGCCAAGCUUGCGUCCGUCGUCCUGGACGAUAGAAGGAACACGCGGGAGGCAUUCCUAGGAGAUGCUCAAUUGCGCUCGUGCUGUGAUGUGCCCGUCGCGGUGAAAGCAAGCUCCGCGAAGAAGCUGGGGAGCUCUCCGGCGCUCGCGAAUGAUCCAUUGCUGAAGAGGGUUGUGGCGGAUAGAGGGCUUCAGCCGGCGGUUUGCAGUGUCAUCCUGUUGUCGGAGGGCUCUGGGUUUUCUGAGGAUCUUACGAAGGAGCGCAAGAGGUAG